AUGGCAUCCUCGGAUGACGAGGUCCAUCAUGGCUCCUACCUGGGUGACUCCCAGUGGGAGGACGACCAAUCCCAGGAGGACGUACGAGACAGAGUCGUCAAGCAAGCGGCGGUCAUCCGCGACAUGCGGGCAGCCACCAAGGUGGCGCGCUCCAACAAGGAUCUUGAAUCCAGGGUCCUGGUCCGGGCCAGGGAGGAGGAGAGGGCGCUGCGGCGGCGGGCGGCCUGGAUCGGCAAGGAGGUCAUGUCCUUUUGGGAAAAGGCGGGACGCGUGGUCGCCCACCGACGUCGCACGGAGAUGGAUGCACGCAAGAAGGAGAUCAUGGACAAGCAGGUUGGUGCGGAGCUGGAUUUCCUGCUGGGCCAGACUCAAAAGUACUCUAGCAUGCUGGCAGAGAGGCUGGGGACAGAGGAGGGCGGAGACCUGGGACCUGCGCCCCGCUGCGCCAGCCCGGCCGGCCAGGCGGUUCCCCGGGAGGCCAAGACCAGCGAGUAUGGUGCUGACUCCGACGACGCCGACGACGAGGCGACCCUGGAGGAGGAGGAGGCGGCUGCGCUCGCUGAAGGCUACAGCCGACAGGCCGAGAAGGAGGAGAUCGAUGGGCUGGCGGCGGAUGCAGAUGUGCCCCUGGGGCAGCUGCUGGCGGCGUAUGGAGUUCCUGUGGCUGAGCAGCGGGCGGCGGAGAUGGACCUCGCGGAUCUCAUGGCGCGUUACGGCUACGUUCGGCCCGGGUCGGGGGAGGAGUGGGAGCAAGAAGGCGCGGCGCGUGAGCAGGAGGCAGCCACGAGGCGGGACGCCGAGGAAGGGACCGGCCGGCGAGGCACGGACGCAGCUGGCGGCGCACCCCCGCAGCUCGGGGCCCCGGCGACGGCGGGCACGCAAGCUGUUUCUGUGUCGGGGGUUGAUGGUGCCGUGCCUUCCUCUGCCCCCGCCCCUGGCCACUCUGCCCUCGCCACCGAGGAGGAGGGGGAGGGCCCCGCCGGCGACCAGACCAUGGCGGGGGCCCUGGCGGCCAUGGCCCAGGUCCAGCCCACGGGACACACCCUGGACACCACCCACGUCGUGACCCAGACCCCCUUCCUCCUCAAGGGCACGCUGCGGGAGUACCAGCACAUCGGCCUGGACUGGCUGGUCACCCUGUAUCAGAAACGACUCAAUGGCAUCCUGGCGGACGAGAUGGGGCUGGGCAAAACCAUCCAGACCAUCUCCCUGCUGAGCCACCUCGCCUGCGAGAAGGGUGACUGGGGUCCGCACCUGGUGGUGGUGCCAACCUCGGUCAUGCUGAACUGGGAGAUGGAGUUCAAGAAGUGGUGCCCCGCCUUCAAGCUGCUCACCUACUAUGGCAGCGUCAAGGAGCGGGCGGCCAAGCGCCAGGGCUGGUCCAAGCCCAACGCCUUCCACGUCUGCAUCACCUCCUACACCCUGGUCUUGCAGGAUGCUCGCAUGUUCAAGCGGAAGAAGUGGAAGUACCUGAUCCUGGACGAGGCGCACAUGAUCAAGAACUGGAAGAGCCAGCGCUGGCAGACCCUGCUCAACUUCAACUCCAAACGGCGCCUGCUCAUCACCGGCACGCCGCUGCAGAACGACCUGAUGGAGCUUUGGAGCCUCAUGCACUUCCUCAUGCCCCAGGUGUUUGCGAGCCACGCCCAGUUCAAGGACUGGUUCUCCAACCCCCUGACGGGAAUGGUGGAGGGGUCUGCCGAGAUGAACCGCGCCAUUGUGGAGAGGCUGCACGCCGUCCUCCGCCCCUUCCUCCUGCGCCGCCUGAAGAGGGACGUGGAGAAGCAGCUGCCCGCCAAGCACGAGCACGUGGUGUACUGCAGGCUGUCCAAGCGCCAGCGCCAGCUGUACGAGGAGUACAUGGCCUCCAGCGGGACGCGGGCGACGCUGGCCACCGGCAACUUCCUGGGCAUCAUCAACUGCCUCAUGCAGCUGCGCAAGGUGUGCAAUCACCCAGACCUGUUUGAGCCCAGGCCCAUCAUCUCAGCCUUCGACAUGGUGCCCGGGCUGGAGUUCCGCGUGCCUGGCUUGGUGGCGUGUAACCUGCUUUCCUUAGACCAGAGUCUGCGGCAAGGGGGGCCCUUUGACGCCCUUCGAUACGGCACGGCCCUGUGGGCAGCGCUUGCGACCCGUGCCGCCGCCGAGCUGGCGGCCUCGUGCGUCAUCGGUGCCUGCACCGAGUCGGAGACGCGCUCGAGAUUGCUGCCCACCCAGGCCCUCGUCUCCGGCUCCCUGGCGUGCGCCCUGGGCUGGGAGCCCAGCACCGCGGCCCUGCAGGCGGUGCAUGCAGCCCUGGGGCAGCUGGCGGCGAGGGCGAGGGCGUGGCGGGCCGGGCGCCUGGCCGCGAUGGGCGGCCUGUCGGCGCUGCGCGCCGGCGCCGCCCUGCCGCCGGUGGGCGUCGACGCGGAGGCGCUGCUGCGCCUGGAAAGGCCCGAGGACGUCCACAGGCUGGACGCCAGCCGCUGUCGGCACCUGGAAGUCUCCGAGUUUUUGAAGGAGGCGAUCCUGCUCCCGGAAGCACGCCUGGCGCGGAUGGAGGACCUCCUCCUGACCUUCCUGUGCUACAUCCCAAAGGCGCGGGCCCCGGCACCCACCCUGGUUUGUUCCCGCCCAGACCCCAGCUCGGUUGUCGCAGCAGCCGCCGCCUCCCGGGCCCUGGCACAGACCUGGUACAGCAGGGGGGAGGUGCUGCACCUCGCCCGCACCCGCACCAGCCUCUUCUUCCCUGACAAGCGGCUGAUCCAGUUCGACUCGGGCAAGCUCCAGGAACUGGCGGGGCUGCUGGCGCGGCUGAAGGCGGGCGGCCACCGUGCGCUCAUCUUCACCCAGAUGUCCAAGAUGCUGGAUGUGCUGGAGAGCUUCCUCAGCCUGCAGGGCCACACCUACGUCCGCCUGGACGGGGCCACCAAGCCGGAGCAGCGCCAGAUGCUCAUGCAGCGCUUCAACACGGAUCCCAAGAUAUUCUGUUUCAUCCUUUCCACCCGGUCGGGUGGGGUCGGCAUGAACCUGGUGGGCGCCGACACCGUCAUAUUCUACGACUCAGACUGGAAUCCGGCCAUGGAUGCCCAGGCUCAGGACAGGUGCCACCGCAUCGGACAGACCCGCGAGGUGCACAUCUACCGCAUGAUCAGCCAGCACACCAUCGAAGAGAACAUCCUGAAGAAGUCUGACCAAAAACGCCAGCUCGACUUCUUGGCCAUCCAGUCUGGCGGCUUUACCACAGAGAUGCUCACCAAGCUUGAUCCUGCCACUCUUAUCGCUGAGACGGCGAUGGGUCUGAAGGUGGGGGAUCCGGCCUCCGGGCAUGGUGUGAGCGUCAAGGAGCCAUCCUCUGACGAGGUGGCGGCCGCCAUGGCCGCCGCCGAGGACGAGGGGGAUGCCGCGGCAGCCACUGCGCUUGCCAAAGAAACCGCGGCGGAGAUGGACGAGUUCACCAAGUCAUCUGCUGCUGCUGCCUCUUCGUCGUCCCCCGAGGCAGCCACGGUGGACGAGGCAGCCGCAGGCACGGCGGAGGCAGUAGAUGAAGGACCCUUGGCGGCCGAUUGGGCCUCUGCCUUGCGACCGGUGGAGCGGUAUGCCGUUCGCUGGCUGGAGAAUGAGGUGCAAGCGCAGUACACGGUGGCGGAGUUUGACAUCGAGGGCAUGGAGGCCGCCGAGGAGGAAAGGGAGGCGGAGAUUGACGAGGAUGAGGAGCAGACCCUGGUCGCGGACUGGGACACGGGCAUGGCCACUGAGGCCUAUCGGGCGCAGGUGGAGGCAGCCCAGGCCGAGGCACGAGAGCGGGAAGAGGCCGAGGCGGCCUGGAUACAGCGGGGCAAGGCCGGCGCCAGUCGCGGCGGCGGAGGCAGCAGCGGCGAGGAGGACACCGCCCUGUCGCCGCGGGGCCGGGCGCGAGCUGGAAAGCGCGAGCGGAGGGCGGCGGGGGCCAGCCUGCCCCUGGUGCCCCCGCCGUGGGAGGUCCAGGAGGACCUGGUGCUGUGCCUGGCCCUCCAGCACCUGCUCUCGACUGGGCAUGGGCGCGAAGAAAGCGCGGCGGCCUGGAGGCUGGUGGCCCAUGCCCUGGCCUCCGGGGCCGCCGCCACGACGCAGGCUGGCGUGGGCACCGCCGUCCGCCAGGGCCGCGGCAGGCGCCCGGAGGACUGCGCGGCGCGGUUCGCAGGCAUGGCCGCAGCGGCGCAGCGCGGCGACGAUGCGGUGCGGCGCGCCGCCGCGGCGCUCGCCGAAGUGCUGAGGGCGGGGUGGAGUGUGCACGGCGGGGAGGAUGCGGACGGCCGCGGGCCCGGCGGGCCCAUCCCGUGGGGCGACGGUCUCCCCCCCGGCGAUGGCGCGGCGGCAGGCAGCGACACGCCAGCGAGGACCGUCGGCCCGUCGCAGGCCGCCGCCGCCGCGGUGGUCGUCGCGCUCUCGGCCGCCCGAGCCCGACAGCGCGCGUCGGGUGCGCGGGGUCUGACCGCGGUGGGCGGCGCCCUGGCGGGCCUCCUGUCCGGUGUCAUUGCGGGGCAGCAGGUCAGCCCGGCCGUCAAGACGGAGGGUGCCGGGGACGGCGGUGCCGGAACGGCAGACUUCCCAGAGCCAGGCCAGGUGGAGAGCGUGCUGGCGGCCGUGAGGCAGCGGUGCGGGUCGGGGGCCGCGCGAGUCAUCGCGGGGCGGGUGCCGCUGGUCGUCGAGACGGCCCGUAUGGAGGGGUGCCGCGCUGCCAGGGAGGCCCUGGAGCACGCCUUCUCCCGGCCGUCCUCGGAGCUCAGCCGGGGGGUGGCCUCCCCGCGUGCGGGGGUUGCCCAGGCGGCUGCAGGGCCCCUCAGCUCCCGACCCCGGACUUCGCUGCGCGCCGGUGUCGCUGCAGCUGUCGCUGCUGCCACCAUUCCUGCGCCCUCGGUGGGCCCGGCUCUGGCGCAGCCUCCUGGAGCGUACACUGCGCCGAGGUCGGGCCCUGCACCCGCCGCGUCGCGGCCGGGCGUGCAGCCCCCUAGGGUCGAGGCUGGCCGACAGACGAACGCCUCGCCAACAAGCGGCAGGCUCCAAGGUGGUGUGGAGAGCCACUGGCACGCCGGGCCGGGCAGCCCCAGGCAGUGGGGAGGUGCCGCGGCGCCGGAGGGUGGACAGGCAGGCGCUGGCGGUCGCCCGGGCGCCUCACAUCCGGGCGCCUGGCCUGUGCUGCCCGAUGGGCGGCCGCCCCAACAAUGGGCCCGAUCCUCGGGCCCGCAGCCGGGGCCCCGCCCUCGGCCGCUGGCCGCCCCGCAGCCAGGGCCGCACCCGGCCUUCUCCAUGCAUCCCAAUGCAGGGCAUCUGCUGCAGGGGGGGCCUCCGGCCCAUCAUUACCCACUGGGCGGUGCUCCGCCCCAGGCCAGCCUGCAGGGCUUCCCCACGCCCCAGACCCUCCCGGGCGUGCGCCCGCCGGCCCUGUCCAGCCUGUCCCCCCAGCAGCUGGGCAUGCUGCUGGCCCACAUGCAGGCGCAGCAGGCACAGCAGGCUCGGCUCGCGGCGCUGCACCGUGCCCAGCAGGCCCGCCCCGCGCCCAACCCGGGGCAGCUGCCGCCCGGCUACCUCCAGUGGCCGACGCAGCAGCUCCAGCCAGCGCACGCCCAGCAUGCGGUGCAGGGACAGCAGUACGCAGCGGGCGUGGGGUCGGGCCUGGCGGGGGAGCCACGCCUGGCGACAGGGGCUGCCUCGGGGAGUGAGACCUUAGGGUACACACACGUCCCGAAUGUCGGUUGGCACCCUCCUGCAGAUCCGCAGCUCAAUAACGAGCGGUGA